AUGAGCCUUUUAGCUUCCUUGAAAGCCCAUUUCAUGAGAUAUUCUCCAUUUCCAACUCCAUCUCCAACCACUUCCACUUCUUAUGUCGACAAUUUCACGAAAGAUGACUAUUUGAGAUAUUCCCGUCAUAUGAAAAGACGGGUCACUUUCUGGGGAAAUCACGAGUCCUCAAACACGACGCCCGUGCCGAACUCUUCUCCAACAGUUGCAUCGAAUCACUCGGGUGAUAACAAGCGUGGUUUCGGCGAAAGUUUCCUGACUCGACCAAUUUGCGUUCAAUCGUUUGAAUUGCCCGGGAAACCGCCAGCACUCGCAUUAUCGGAUAGUUGUGGGGGCGUCUACCUAACAAGCGCCGAUGGAGAAGUCACCGAGCAUAUUCUCAUAAAGAACUCAUCUGCUUCGUCAGUGGCCGUGGAUGAAAAGAAUUCGAUAAUGUACGUCUCAGUGAUGACGGCGAAAGGUCGAUCGAUUCACGUUUUCGAUAUGGCUAAAGGGAAUAAAAAGCUCGAUGCGAUUCCCUGUCCAAAGGACCCGAAAAUCGAGUUGAGUCGAACGCGGUGGAUUACAGUUGGCCCAAGGGGUCACCUUUUCAUGACGAGCGGUGACAACAUCAAAUCGGCUCUCUGGGUGUAUAUGAGAUCAAGAAAGGCCUGGAAAACGUUAAAAGAAUCGCGCAAAUCGAGAUAUCAAUAUCUGAGUGUGGCUGAGGAUCAAUCUGAGUACAAAGCUGUCGUCUUGUUGACAUGCGAUGCGGCGAACAAUCGUCUCCUCCUUUUCGUUGUCGACAGUCAAUUGUCGUUGAUCAAUGAAUACGAUUUGAGUGUCACUUAUCAUCUAAAUGAUUAUAUUUCAUCACCAGCUAGUGCCAUUGUUGACAAGCAAGGCCACUUGCUAGUGUUGGACUACGCGAAUGGCAAAGUGCAGAUUUUGUUGAGCGGGGAAAAAGGAGUGAGACGAUUGAAAGAAGUCACCUUCGCCGAUCCACUUCUCCCACAACAAGCACUCGGAAUCACUGUUCUCGGUGAUUACGUGUACGUAGCGUGUUUCCACACGCAUGAAGUCCGCUGCACUCGAUAUUUAGAGAACGGGAAAUUCCGUCAAUUCCACCCACAAAUGGCUCUUCUCGAUCAAACAAAUCCAAAACCGAAAGCC